GAAAAAUAGAUACCAAAACAAAUGGUUUUGUCCAUAUCCUUCCAGCCCGGAAAAUCCACAAAUUGGUACAAAUUCAACCAUUGAAAAACAAAUUUCCAAAAAUCCAUUGACAACUCCCUUCUCUCACUCCCCAUCCCACCACCAAAGUUUCCAGCUUCUGGAGUUCCAGAGCCUUCUUCUUCCCCCUCUCACUCUCAGCUGCUCUGACUGAUCAUCUCCACACAUCACUCAAGGGUAGAGCCUUGCAGUCGUGGAAAUGGCGACCGGAGCUGUACCGGCUUCUUUUACGGGACUGAAAUGCAGGGACUCAAGUUUCGGGUUUGCGAAAAGUAUGGAUUUUGUGAGGGUUUCUGAUUUGAAGAGGUUCAAGUCUGGCAGAACAAGAAUCUCAGUGAUACGAAACUCAAAUCCAGGCUCAGAUAUUGCCGAGCUCAAGCCUGCAUCCGAAGGCAGCCCUUUGUUAGUUCCUAGGCAAAAGUAUUGUGAAUCCAUACACAAAACUGUCAGGAGGAAAACGUGCACAGUUAUGGUUGGAAAUGUUGCUAUUGGUAGUGAGCAUCCCAUAAGGAUUCAAACAAUGACCACAACUGACACAAAGGAUGUUGCUGCUACAGUUGAACAGGUAAUGAGAAUAGCAGAUAAGGGAGCAGAUAUUGUUCGGAUAACAGUUCAAGGGAGGAAAGAAGCAGAUGCUUGUUUUGAAAUUAAAAAUUCCCUUGUGCAGAAAAAUUAUGAUAUACCUUUGGUGGCAGAUAUUCAUUUUGCUCCUACUGUUGCACUGCGGGUCGCUGAAUGCUUUGACAAAAUUCGUGUCAACCCUGGAAAUUUUGCUGAUAGACGGGCCCAGUUUGAGAAGUUAGAGUACACGGAAGAUGACUAUCAGAAAGAACUUGAGCACAUUGAGCGGGUUUUUACUCCAUUAGUUGAAAAGUGUAAGAAGUAUGGAAGAGCAAUGCGUAUUGGGACAAACCAUGGGAGCCUUUCAGAUCGUAUAAUGAGCUAUUAUGGGGAUUCUCCUCGAGGAAUGGUUGAAUCUGCAUUUGAGUUUGCAAGAAUUUGCCGGAAGUUGGACUACCAUAAUUUUGUUUUUUCAAUGAAAGCAAGCAACCCAGUUAUCAUGGUCCAGGCAUAUCGUUUGCUUGUAGCUGAAAUGUAUGUUCAAGGCUGGGAUUAUCCAUUGCACUUGGGAGUUACUGAAGCUGGAGAAGGUGAGGAUGGGCGAAUGAAAUCUGCAAUUGGUAUUGGAACCCUUCUUCAGGAUGGCUUGGGUGAUACAAUUAGGGUUUCACUUACUGAAGCACCGGAGGAGGAGAUAGAUCCCUGCAGACGACUGGCCAACCUUGGUAAGAGAGCAGCGGAUCUUCAGCAAGGAGUGGCUCCAUUUGAAGAGAAGCACAGACAUUAUUUUGAAUUUCAGCGUCGAUCUGGUCAACUGCCAAUACAAAAGGAGGGUGAAGAGGUGGAUUAUAGAGGUGUCUUGCACCGUGAUGGCUCUGUUCUGAUGUCAGUAUCCCUUGACCAGUUGAAGACACCAGAGCUCCUGUACAAGUCACUAGCAACAAAACUUGUUCUCGGAAUGCCAUUUAAGGAUCUUGCAACCGUUGACUCAAUCUUAUUGAGACAACUUCCACCUGUUGAUGAUGCGGAUUCUCGGCUAGCUCUCAAAAGGUUGAUAGAUGUAAGUAUGGGUGUUAUAACACCAUUGUCAGAACAGCUAACAAAGCCAUUGCCCAAUGCCAUGGUUCUGAUAAAUUCGAAGGAGUUAUCAACUGGUGCAUACAAGCUUUUGCCAGAAGGUACACGGUUGGUGGUCUCAUUACGUGGUGAUGAACCCUAUGAAGUGCUGGAUAUUCUCAAGGGCAUUGAUGCUACAAUGAUUCUCCAUGAUCUGCCCUUCGGUGAAGAUAAAAUAAGCCGAGUGCAUGCUGCGAGGAGGCUAUUUGAGUAUCUGGGAGACAAUGCUCUAAACUUCCCCGUAAUACACCAUAUUCAGUUUCCAAGUGGAAUCCAUGGGGAUGACUUGGUUAUUGGUGCUGGUACCAAUGCGGGUGCCCUUUUAGUAGAUGGACUUGGAGAUGGUCUUCUAUUGGAAGCCCCAGACAAGGACUUUGAUUACCUGAGAAACACAUCUUUCAAUUUACUACAAGGAUGUAGAAUGCGGAAUACAAAGACGGAGUAUGUUUCAUGCCCAUCCUGUGGCCGAACUUUGUUUGAUCUUCAAGAAAUAAGUGCACAAAUACGAGAGAAGACAUCACACUUGCCUGGCGUUUCAAUUGCGAUCAUGGGUUGCAUUGUAAAUGGACCCGGGGAGAUGGCUGAUGCAGACUUUGGGUAUGUUGGUGGCGCUCCUGGAAAUAUUGACCUCUACGUUGGGAAGACGGUGGUGAAGCGUGGAAUUGAGAUGGAGCAUGCAACCGAUGCCUUGAUCCAGCUAAUAAAAGAUCACGGCCGCUGGGUUGACCCUCCUGCGGAAGAGUAAAAGCCGGUAAUUUCUGAUCAUCGCAUAUUGAAAGUAGAGGGUAUUCAAGAGAGAGUUGUCCCACAUUAUGUUGUAUACUCAAGUAGCCACAGUUGAAAACAAUAAACGAUGACUUGAUCUCAAAGAAAAUGUGUUGCCUUAAAUGUAAUCCACAGUGCAUGAAAUUAGUACCGAGUUGCAGUGCAACGUGCAAAAUGUUCAUCGUCGAUUUACUAAAUUAAAACCUUAGGUUUAGCUGCUUUCAUGUUGAUCAUAUCGAAGAUUGUGCAAGAGUCUGCUUCUGAAGUAAGAACUUUUGAUUAUA